AUGGUUAUACAGAAGAUCUGUUGCCUUGGAGCGGGCUACGUCGGCGGUCCGACCUGCAGUGUGAUCGCGUUGAAAUGUCCCAACAUAAAAGUCACUGUGUGCGACAAGAGCGUUGAGCGCAUUAACCAGUGGAACUCCGAGAAGCUGCCGAUAUACGAGCCGGGGCUGGACGAGGUGGUGAAGCAGUGCCGCGGCAGGAACCUGUUCUUCUCUACGGACAUCGCGAGGAGCAUACAGGAGGCCGAUCUGAUCUUCAUAUCGGUGAAUACGCCGACCAAGACCUUCGGCAAUGGUAAGGGCCGCGCGGCGGACUUAAAGUAUAUCGAGGGUGCCGCCAGGAUGAUCGCCGAUCUGGCUACCAGCAACAAGAUCGUGGUGGAGAAGAGCACGGUACCCGUUAGGGCGGCCGAAAUCAUCAUGAAGAUCCUCCGGGCGAAUACUAAACCAGGUGUCGAAUACCAGAUCCUGUCGAAUCCCGAAUUUCUAGCCGAGGGCACAGCAAUAGUUGACCUAGUUGAAGCCGACAGGGUCCUGAUCGGAGGUGAGGACACGCCCGAAGGCCAGAAGGCUGUGCAGGAGCUGUGCUGGGUGUAUGAACAUUGGAUCCCAGCUAAAAACAUCUUAACAACUAACACAUGGAGUUCGGAACUGUCUAAACUAGCAGCGAAUGCCUUCCUGGCACAGAGGAUAUCCAGUAUAAAUUCCUUAUCGGCUGUCUGUGAAGUGACUGGAGCAGAUGUUUCUGAAGUGGCCCGGGCUGUGGGUAGGGAUUCCAGAAUUGGUCCCAAAUUCCUCGAAGCCUCGAUAGGUUUCGGCGGCAGUUGCUUCCAGAAGGACAUCCUCAACUUGAUAUAUCUAUGUGAGUGCCUAAACCUACCUGAGGUGGCCGCUUACUGGCAGCAAGUGGUGAACCUCAAUGAAUAUCAGAAGACCCGUUUCACUAGGAAAGUGAUUGAAUCCCUGUUUAACACGGUCACAGAUAAAAAGAUUGCUAUACUCGGCUUUUCAUUCAAAAAGAACACCGGAGACACCCGAGAGUCCCCUGCAAUAUAUGUGUGUAAGACCCUGCUAGACGAAGGGGCCAAGUUGCACAUAUACGAUCCAAAGGUUGAGACGGACCAGAUCUACUACGAGCUGACGACGCCGUACGUCACAGCUGAGCCCGAAGCAGUCCGGAAGAACAUCGAAAUACACAACACCGCUUAUUCGGCAGUCUCAGGAGCUCACGCGCUAGUGCUGUGCACAGAAUGGGACGAGUUCAAACAGCUGGACUUCAAAAAGAUCUAUGAAGUCAUGAUGAAGCCCGCUUACAUCUUCGACGGCAGGAAGAUACUUGACCAUGAAGCGUUGUUGAAUAUCGGGUUCCAUGUGCAAACAAUUGGCAAGCGGCUAUCAAGGACUGGGAGUAUCAGGGCGCAAGGGAGCCAGACACUACCA